UGUAGAUUCGCCCUGUUUGUCCUAACCGGGCUUCCGUACCGAGUGAGACAAUCGCUGGUAACACAACCAACUGCAGCUCAGUUCCCCUGAAGAAUCAAACAGAACUACUUUAAACCAACUUCUCUUAUCUCCGUUGUUUCUACAACACAGCUAUUUUCCCGUUAAGAGAUGACAUCGUCUGCAAUGAUCACUGUCCCCACCACCGCCUCUCGGUUCGCCCUGCUCCAGAUUGACUCGGAUUCGGACUCCGACACCUCGGAGACAGGGAAGCCCAACACCAAAGCCGGCAGGGACUCUUCCUCCGGGAAGCCCAGGCAGAGGAAAGCAGGGGCGAGCACAGGAUCAGGGGGGAAAGGAGCCCAGGGCAGCGACAAGAAGAAAGACAAGAAGAAGAAGAAGAAGGAGCAGCAGCAGAGUGAGGCAAAUGAGCUGCGCAAUCUGGCCUUUAAGAAGAUUCCUCAGAAGUCCUCUGCCCCUCCGCCCUCCAUGACGCUGUCAGGAAUAGCAAGUGAGCUCCUUAACCCGGCUUUAGGGGACCACAGUAUACCUUCAGAGGGGUGGCAACAGUGGAAACAGAGAGACGAACAGAUCACCACAGAGCUGUAUGAGGCAGAUUUGGAAAAGGCCUUGAUUCUAAGUAAACUGGAAUAUGAACAACAGAAACAGAGCAACACAAACUCUGCUUCGCCAAAGUCCAGAGGAGGAAAAGAGGGCGGUGGGAAGAAGGACAAGAAGAAAAACCAGCAGGCAAAAGAUAAAAAGACAGUUUCUCUGCAGGACUUCCAGGCUGAAGGCACCACAGAGCAUUUAAGUAGAAAACAAGAGGAAACCAGAGGGACAAAUUUGGCUCCAGGAGUCGGACAGGAGGAACGCUUUUUUAACAAAGUGGAAGAUGAUGUGAGUCGGAUUAUCCAGAGGGAGAAGCGACUUGAACAGUAUGUGAACAGCCCGGGACAAGAAGUCAACACAUCCACAGAGCAUGAACCUGAUCCUCGGGCAGAACAAUUGAAAUAUGAGCUGGAGAAGAAGGACCAGGAGAUUAAGAAGCUAAAAAAGACCAUCUCGGAGUGGGAGGUGAAAUACAAAGAGGUGAAAGCAAGAAAUGCCCAGCUCCUUAAGAUGCUCCAACAAGGGGAGAUGAAAGACAAAGCAGAAAUUCUUCUGCAGGUAGAAGAACUGCUUCACAUCAAAGAAGAACUGUCAUCACAGGUAACAUUAUUACAUGCUGCUCUUGAACAAGAACGAUCGAAAGUGAAAGGGCUCCAGUCAGAGCAACCAAAACAUCAAGGCAACAGGAAAGGGAAGAAAGGCUCAGAGGUGGACCAAUGAAGAUUCCUGAGGGAAGAACAACUGUCUGGAGGGGGAAAAGAAUGAACAAAAA